CGCGCGCGGCGGGUUCCUCCUCGUUCUCCGCGUUUGGACAGAUGGAGCAGGUCGGACUCAACCCCGGACCCAGAACCAGACCCGGACCAGGACCGAGGGCUCAAAGCUUGUGGUGAAAAACAGGAAGAAAGUCACGUAUUUGCACCCCCCCCAGUUUUUUUGUCCGCCAUGAGAGGUGAACAGACUGAAGAUGGAGAGAACUCAGCGACGUCGAGCGAGAUCCUCAUCGACCAGCUGAGGGAGAUCACUGGCAUCCAGGACCCCCAGAUUCUCAACAGAGCUCUGAAUGCCAGCCAGGGGGACAUUGGAAAUGCUGUGGGACUGCUGACCACCCAGUCCGCAGUGGUCCAGGAUCCUGGAGAAAGCCAGGAGCCGGGGCCGCCUGCGGAGGCCUGGGAGGGACAGAAAGCACCUCCAAAAGACGAACUGCAGACGGCCAUAGAGCUCAGCCUGCAGGAGUCCCACAAGGCCCAGGAAGAGGAGAGAGAAUUUAACAGGGCUCUGGAGGCCAGUGCGGAGGAGAAUGCAGCGAGGAUGAAGAGGAAGAGAUGUCAAGCCCAGGGCGAGAUGUGCAGCCCGGCAGACUGGAUCCGCCAGGACGACUGGCCCGUGGGCAUCCGCAACGUCGGCAACACCUGCUGGUUCAGCGCCGUCAUCCAGUCGCUGUUCCACCUGCCCGUGUUCAGGAGGCUGGUCCUCAGCUAUCACCUGUCUGAGCGCAUACUGGAGAAGUGUAAGAGCCACUCUGACAAGAGGAACAUAGCCUUCAUGCAGGAGCUGCGCUGUCUAUUUGCUCUCAUGGUGGGCUCCACCCGCAGGUUUGUGGAUCCUUCUGCUGCGGUGGAGCUGCUGCGAGACGCCUUCAGGACCAACGAGGCCCAACAGGAUGUCAGUGAGUUUUCCCACAAACUGCUCGACUGGCUGGAGGAUGCGUUUCAGCUGGCUGCCAACGACAAAGUGGAAGACAAACAGAAGAACCCCAUGGUGCAGCUUUUCUAUGGCACCUUUGUGACGGAGAGAAGACACGAGGGUAAGACGUUGUGUAACAUCGAGCAGUUCGGCCAGUACCCGCUGCAGGUCAACGGCUUCAACAACCUGGACGAGUGCCUGGAAGGAGCUAUGGUCGAGAGAGAGAUCGAGUCUCUGCAUUCGGAGCACAGCGUCACACCCGGCCGGGAGAGAUGGUUCAAAAAGUUACCGCCAGUCUUGACAUUUGAAUUGUCUCGAUUUGAAUUCAACACCCAGCUCGGGCGUCCCGAAAAGAUACACAAGAAACUGGAGUUCUCACAAAUCAUAUACAUGGACCGAUAUCUUCACAAAAACAUAGGACAGGCCCAUGAGAGGAGAGGAGAAGUGAAAAAACUCAAGGAGCAACUAGCAGCCCUUCAACAGAAACUCGAGUGCUACAAGAACUAUGGCUCUGGACCUGCCAAGUAUCCUCUGGCUGACAUGCUGCAGUUUGUGCUGGAGUUCUCCACCACCAAGCCCACGAGUGUUUCGCCCGCUGAAGAUCUGCGACCGGCCUCUCCGACUCCUGCAAGCCACCCCCUGAGUGACCUCGUCUGCAAAGACAACAGUGAACAGGAAGACGCAGAUCCCUUGGAGGGUGCGGUUUCCAGUUGUCAGCGGACCCCCAUAUACAAGCCCUUCACGCAGUGCAGACCCCCGGUGGACUGCCCGCCGCACCCGGCCCCCCACAGCGCCACCGAGGAAGAGCUGCACUUUGUCAAGACCUGCCUGCAGCGCUGGAGGACAGAGGUGGAGAACGACAUCAACGAGCUGAAGGCCAGUAUUGACAGGCUCACUCAGAUGCUGGAGGGCAUGUACGCCGACAACUGUCUCUGCCAGGCACCCUACAGACUCCACGCCGUGCUGGUCCACGAAGGCCAGGCGUCAGCAGGCCAUUACUGGGCCUACAUUUACGACCACGCCAACCAGCGCUGGAUGAAGUACAACGACAUAAGCAUCACCGAGUCAUCGUGGGAGGAGCUGGAGCGAGACUCUUUUGGAGGAAUGACCAACGCAAGUGCCUACUGCCUGAUGUACAUUGAUGACAGGCUACCCCACCUCAUUGCAGAGGACACAGACGAUGAGACAGGCCAGGUGCUGCAUGGCAUGGACUCCCUGCCGUCCGUCCUCAGGCGCUACGUCCACGAAGACAACCGCUGGUUCCAGCAGGAGCUCAGUGAAUGGGAGGAGCAGUUCUGCCAGACCGCCGCGACCCCCCAGGGGGAGCGCACGGCCUCUGCGGAGCCCCCGGAACUCGCACACCAAGCGGCGGUCGAGCCGGCGCCCCAGUCGGGCCCCACCGACGGGGAGCUGGACCGGGGAGCUUCUUCGGGGCCCGAACCGGACGCGGAGGCGGCGAAAGACCCGGAGCCCGAUGCCACAGAGAAGCCCAGAGUCUCCCUCCUAGAUGAAUCCGAGGCAGCGGCCCCUCCUCGACCACGGAGCCCCGGCUGCCAGCCAGGCGGCGCCGACGGCGCGGCUGGCGCUGACGCCCCGGAGCCCGCCCGGAGCCCCCCCCCGGCCGAGAGAGAGCCCCAGUGUCAGGUGGGCAAGUUCCGCUCUGCCCCUUGUGGAAUGUGGACUUCUGGCCCUGAAGCGGAGCUCAGCAACCCGGCACCAUCUGACCUCCAUGCGAAGGAGGACAACACGCAGGCAGCGGGCCUUGGGCCUCAAGCUGAAAGCAAGCCAGAGGCUUCCAGAGAGGCCACUGAACAUGAAGCAAAGGAGGAGGAGGAGGAGGAGGAGCAGCAGCAGGAGGAGGAGCAGGAAGAGUCGGCUGUGCCGGCCAGACAGCGACAGACAGAGAACGAGGUCUCAGAGGUGGAGAUCCCCAACGUGGGCAGGAUCAUGGUCAGAGCGGACGCUGAUGGGUACAAUGAAGAGAUGAUGCUGACUCCAGCUAUGCAGGGCGUCAUUCUAGCCAUAGCCAAGGCCAGACACAUAUUCGAUAAGGAAGGCCCUGAGGCUGGCCUCAUCAAGGCCUUUCACGAGGAGUACUCACGUUUGUACGAGCUCUCCCAGGAGGAGACCACGCCGCCGGAGGAUGCUCGUCUGCAGCACGCGCUGGUCUACUUCUUCCAGAACAAGGCACCCAAUCGCAUUAUCGAGAGGACGCUUUUGGAGCAGUUUACCGACCGCAACCUGAGCUUCGAUGAAAGGGCCAUCAGCAUCAUGAGGGAAGCCCGAACCAAGCUGCGCCUCAUCAGGCCAGAGGACAUGGAUAUGGAUGAGUACUUGCAGUGGCAAGAUGACUACAGGCUCUUCAGAACGGUGUUCGUGUACCUGCUGACUGGACUGGAGCACUACCAGCAUGGGAAGAUGCGAGAGGCGCUGAUCUUUUUGGCUCACGCGUACGAGACCAACGUCUCCCUGCUGAAGAACGGAGAGAAGCGGGGCGUGGACAAGACUCUUAUUGCUGUGUACAGGAGGAAAUGCCUCAUUGCGUUGAAUGAACGCGCAUCUCAGCUGUUUUGCAGCGGCGAGGAGACCAACGUGGCGGAGGGCACCGCCAUCAUGGACGAGGCCGUCAUCCCUUGCCUUCACCUGAUGGGCCGUGAGGCUGCUUUGUCCCGGGAGGACCGGGACGCCACGGAGAGCAUCCGCAGCCACUGGUGCCGCUGCCUGGGCCAGGGCAUGGACGACUCGCUGCAGGUGAAGCUGGGGGAGUUCCUGCCCCGGGUCCUGGACGGCUCAGCUGAGACGGUGGUCCUUAAAGACCCCCCCAAAGUCCACGUCAACCAGGCCCACGACCUGUGCAGUCGCCUGGCUGCCGUCAUGGAGUCCAUCCACAGCACCUCGGUAGUCAGCGUUAAGUAAAGUUAAAUAAAGCCCAUAAACAGGGGUUUUUGAAGAAAAACAAUAGAUUGGUACUGCGCAGUAACAAAUGCUUUUUUAACUAUAUGUUUGAUAUUUCUCUGGAAAUUGUAAGUGAUGUUAGAAAGAGACAUGUGGGCCAUAUUAAGGUCAGGGUGUUCUGUACGGCUUUUAGUGCACUCUGUGCACUCGUAACUGUCAGCCUGUGGAAACUCUUGUUUAAGUCAGUCAGUGCCCUCUUGUGCAGCACUUUGUUUAACAGAUGUGCCUUUGUAAGCCUUGUAAACCCUCCAAAAGGAAAGACACGGGACGUGAGAUGAAAUCCUUUUUUAUUUUUCUGGUGUCGCAGAUACAAUGCGGUGUCACCAAUGAAUCCUUCGAAUCAGGUUUUUUAAGCCAGCAACACGGAGCCGCUUCUGGCUGCUGAUUCCACGCCGCCUCUCUCACUCAGACUCUGUGAUGAUACUCAAUAAAUGUUUGAAAUAC